AUGGCUUUUAUCGUUAUCGGGCCUCUAGGCCUUUGGACUUUUAUCGUUUAUGGUAUUUCGUAUUUUGGAUUCUCGGUUUAUGUCGCACCUUAUGUUUCGGAUUUUAUUUUAUAUUAUGGAAUUCAUGCGUGGAUGUGGACUUUCAAAUAUUUAUAUAUGGAUAUUUCAGAUAUUUGUAUUUAUCGAAGUAUUUUUACUAUUUCGAAAGUGACGGGUGUCACAUUAAAAUAUUUUUACUAUUUCGAAAGUGACGGGUGUCACACCGACAGUCUCCUCGUCAUUACCAUUAAUGGAACUGGUCUUUUCAUGGAACUCGUUUAUGUCACCAUCUUCUUCAUCUUCGCUACCUCGCCUAUCCGCAGAAAGAUCACAAUAGCGAUGAUGAUUGAGGUGAUAUUCAUGGCGGUGGUGAUCUUCUGCACAUUGUACUUUUUGCCUACAACAAAACAGAGAUCUAUGCUUAUUGGGAUCUUGUGCAUUGUUUUCAAUGUUAUCAUGUAUGCUUCUCCUUUAACCGUCAUGAAACUUGUGAUAAAGACAAAGAGCGUGAGGUACAUGCCGCUCUUCCUGUCAUUAGCCAGCUUAAUGAACGGAAUCGUUUGGGUCAUUUAUGCUUGUCUUAAAUUCGACCCCUAUAUUUUGAUUCCAAAUGGUCUUGGAUCAAUAUCAGGAAUAGUACAACUUAUACUAUACGCAACUUACUAUAAAACAACGAACUGGAACGGGGAAGAUGAUGAUAAAGAAAAGGGCUACUCAAAUGCUGAAAUAGAGCUUGGCCGAGCUUGACAAUUGCACUGAUGUGUCGCACAUUUACAAUUGUUCUCUGACAACAUCUAGUUGAUAAUGACCAGCUUCAUCGUUAGGUUAAGGUAGAAUCAGAAGAGAUGCCAAAGAAUGAAGAAGAGCAACCACAGAAGCUACAAACUUUACUUGAGUUGGAAGAAAGAAAGGGGUUUUACUUCAUUGGCUGAAAAGUGAAAUGGUUAUAACUUUGGCAAGUUGAAUCUAUGUGAUUUGUUACAUUUAUAUUCUUUUAUGGGAUUAUUUUGUAAUAUUUUUUUUGCAAGCUGUAAAAGAAGAAAAAAAACAAAUUCCCCAUUA